AGCAGUGUGGUGUGCUGUGCGUCUGCAAGCCACUACCAUGCAUCCAAAGUGGCGUUAGUCCGAGCAGUUGCGCCUAUUCCUUUUUUUUUUUUUUUUUUUUGUAACUAAAACUGUAGUUUUAGUUGCAUAGCGCUUAGUUGCUUAUAGCUGCACCAUGAGGCGACAUUUUAUUUCUGCUCUUUGUGUGGCGUUAGUUUUACUUCCUCUGAUGAGCAGUUCGUGUCCUGUGCAGUGCAGUUGCUUCUUCCACAAAUUAAGCGACGGCUCAAAAGCAAGGAGUGUGCUUUGCAAUGAUCCAGAAAUCACUGUGGUUCCCCCAAACUUCCCCACGGACACAUCAAAGCUGCGUAUUGAGAAGACAGCAAUCACAAGGAUUUCCAGCGAGAACUUCCACUACCUCAACGGUCUGGAGUUUCUCUGGAUGUCUUUCAAUUCGCUCAAUUCUUUGAACGUCGACAGCUUCCGGGGUCUCUAUAACCUGGAUGAGCUCAGGCUGGACGGCAACUCCCUCACCUCCUUCCCCUGGGAGUCUCUGAGCGACAUGCCGAGCCUGAGGCUCCUGGACCUGCACAACAACAAGAUCUCCACCAUUCCGGCUGAAGCCAGCGCGUACAUAAAGAACAUCACCUAUCUGGACUUAUCCAGCAACAGCCUGACGACCGUUCCUGCCGAGGUUCUCACGAUGUGGCUGAGUGUGAAGCCACCCCAGGACUCUGAGUCCUCCAAACUAAUUCUCGGCCUACACGACAAUCCAUGGAUGUGCGACUGCCGGCUGUACGAUCUGGUCCAGUUUCAGAAAUCCCCCUCGUCUUCCGUGGCCCUCGUGGACACCAGGCUGAGCUGUGCGGACCCGGAGAGCCUGUCGGGGGUUCUCUUCACCGAAGCCGAGCUGCAGAGGUGCCAGGGCCCCCGGGUCCACACGGCCGUGGCUCGUGUCCGGAGCUCGCUGGGCAACAACGUCCUCCUGCGCUGCGGCACAGUCGGGGUCCCCAUCCCUGAGCUGUCCUGGAGCCGAGCUGAUGGCAAGAAAAUUAACGGCACCGUUCAGGAAGAGAUCUCAAAGGAGGGCAUCAUUUGGUCGAUUCUAAGCGUGUCUGCGGUCUCCUACCGAGAUUCUGGGAAAUACGUGUGCAAAGCGACCAACUUCGUGGGCACUGCGGACGCCAUCAUCUCCCUGGUGAUCACAGACUCCAUUCGGUCUGAGGAAGCAGGCGCCGGUGCCGCUGGUGGCGUUUCUAAGAAAACGAGAGGCAAGAAACCUGGUGGCAUCGGAAGAGCGGCAUACCAGGAGAAACUCAUCGCCAGAUACGUUCCUCCGCCUACCACCAAGGCUGCUCAGCCCAUAAUUGAACCUCUUAAUGGCAAAGGUGUUACUGGGAAGUAUGAGAUAGAGAGCUACAGCAUCUCUGAUGGUGUGUCUCAGGCACGGGGAAAAUCUUCGGACAAUCCGAGUCCCAUGGAGGUGGAUGCUUUGAGUAACUUAGCAGCCAACGCUUCAUCCUUGCAGCAAGCUCCUGAAAAAAGGGUGGUUCGUUCAGUGAAGGUCAUCGGUGACACCGACCACACGGUCUCUCUGAACUGGCGAGCGCCAACAGCCACGAACGUAACAGAAUUUAGCGUCCUGUACGCUGUAUUCGGGGAGAGAGAUAUGCGUCGGAUCAAUGUGGGAGCCGGGAAAAACCGGAUAACUGUUGACGGCCUCGUGCCAAAAACAAAGUACAUUGCUUGUGUUUGCGUCAAAGGCCUGAUCCCAAAAAAGGAGCAGUGUGUAAUCUUCUCAACAGACGAGGCAGCCAGCGCCAGUGGCACUCAGAAGCUCAUUAAUGUGGUGGUGAUAACGGUGGCGUGCGUGAUCGCUGUCCCCCUGACACUGAUCGUGUGCUGCGGGGCGCUAAAGAAACGCUGCCAAAAGCUGCUGAGGAGACAAACGAAGGAAAUGCAGGACUCAUAUGUCACCUUUGAGACCCUGGGCCCUGGCGGAAAAGCCAAAGGCAUGGAGAACGAGUAUCUGACCAGGCUGACUCCAGACGAGUCCAACAGGCUGCUCUCGUCGAGGUCCAGUGUUGACUCGGAGGCCACAGCCAGGACUGAAGGGCCGCCGAACGAGUACUUCUGCUAAAACCAAACGUAUGCCUCAGUUUCCAGAGGGUGCACUUUGUCUUCUAAUGGCCUGCGAUGUGUACAGAUAAACCGCUGUGCUCAGAGACUCAAAAGACUGACAUGAUCUUCUUUUAGGGUUCUUCAGAGGACACUGAUAGCUCUGCCAGCACCGGAUGUAUAAAAUUAUUUUACAGCCUUGUUGGAAUAAAAACCACCUUUCAUUUGGUGGAUAGCAAAAAAAAAAGGGAAACAGUUUUAAUAUUUACAUGUGGUGUAAAUGUGUAAAAAAUAUAUAUCUUUUUUUGUAUUCAUCUUGCACUUUUUAAGAUGAUGCUUUGCUGAGAAAAAAAAAAGAUGUCUCGAUGCCCUAAACUCUCUUAAAACCAGUUUUAUUUAGUUCCAAUCCAAGAUGUAACCUCUUAAUCGUGUAAACACUUUACUUAGAGACAGAAAGUAUUUAAAGGACUGCAAUAUAUUUAGUAUGUCAGUACAAUGUUAACGUGCCAGGUUGACUGUUAAACCUAAACCUAAUCUACAGUACAUUUUAUAAUGUGUGUAUAUAUAUAUAUAUGUAACCUGAAAUAUAUGUGUAUGUAUGAAGCUACUGUUAUAAAAUAAAUAUUUUUUAUAUUCAAAC